AAAUGUCAAUGAAAAAGUAAAUGUAUAAAAAUAUCCAAAUGGCGGCAGGGUUAAAAAAUCAUCAAGCGCCAAAUUUUUAUUCUUAAUUCGUAAAAUAUAACUAUUUAUCUUAUUAAAAACGUGUUAUAACUAAAAGAAAACUUUAAUAUAAACUCUAAAGUGUCGAUAUAUAUAAAAAUAUUGUAAAAAUAAAUGAUGGAAACUCCCGAAAAUACACCGAAAAAAUCUAGUGGGUCUGAAAAUAGUAAUGUUGGAACGCCCGCCCAACCCACAGUACGUGAAAAACAUGUACCCACUACACCUCAAACUCCAAAUCGAGUUGUUGGCUCACUGGUGCUAUUAACGCAAAAAUUUGUGGCCCUAAUGAUUAAAAAUGGUGGUGAAAUUGAUCUCAGAGAUGCUGCCGAAAUUUUAGAUGUACAAAAGCGUCGCAUAUAUGAUAUUACAAAUGUUUUGGAAGGCAUUGGACUCAUUGAAAAGACACGCUAUAGUAGUGUGGUCAGAUGGCGAGGUGGUGUGGAUUUCGAGGAAGAUGAAAGUUAUCGUUCUUUGAAAGAUUACAAUUGUCAGUUGGCAGCUCUGGAAGCUCAAAUCGAUUUACAAUUGGACUACGCCAAACGUAAUUUAAAAUAUGUUAAGGAAGACGAAACGAAUCGUUCAUUUGCCUAUGUUACCCGCGAUGAUUUGCUUGCCGUUUUUGGUGAAGAUUGUGUUUUCACAAUACCCAAACACUAUGAAGAUGAGAAAAUUAUCAAACGAAAGAACUCCCUACAUAUCUCUCUCGAUAAUGGUAGUACGAUCGAUGUACGAUUGGUCACCGAUCAGGGACGUUGUUGUACAACAAAACCUGAAUCUGAAUCUAUACGACACUAUUCACGUCUCGAAACACCAUCACCAACGCUUUCUUCGUCCUCAACACAUUCAAAUACAACGGGUACAUUAACACAAACCACCACCAAAGCAAAUCUAGUCAACGAUGAACACACGUACUUUUGUAACCCGGAAGUCAAAGAAGAAAUGGAAGCGUUGGAAAACAAGCUAACGGCACGUAUAGUAUUGCAAAAAUGCACGGCGGGUCAUUCGUUGAGAAGAUUUUAUCCCGAUGAUCCAAAUAUGGAAAAUCCUCCCCUGUUGCCUUUAAAUCCGCCACAAAAUGAUUAUAACUUUGUUUUAAGUCCCACUGAGGGCAUAUGUGAUCUUUAUGAUAUACCUUCUUCCUUUCCCCUAGUUAAAUGCGAACAAAAUAUUUAAGACAAACAAUGGAGCUCUUAACAAAAAUUCACCUUUUUAAUUGACUUUUUCAAAAUUCUUUUUCAAUUACAAUAUAAUAAUGUUCUUUAAAUCAAAAGGAAAUGAAAAAAAGCAAAAAAAAAAAAAAAAAUAACUAGUGCAAAUAUUUUAUUUAAUAAGUCUUAAAAAAGAAAAGAAAAAAAUAACUAGAUUAAUACAUAAUCUUAACAAGCAUGAAAUUUGUAGUUAUUGUACUGACUAUAUUUGCUUUAAUUUUAUGUAUAUUUAGAAAAAGAUUAUUUAUUGGUCUGUUGUAUAAUUUUAUUAGUUAAUUUUUUUAAUUUUUAUUUAAUUUUUUUUCCUUCUAUGCAAAUUGAUCUUA